AUGUCAUCAAACAUUUCCACCAAUUCUGAAACUUUGUUGGACGAUUGCCGUAAAGGAGGUUGUCUCGUCUCGGGUUGCAAGGCAGGCCUAGGCGCCCCAUCCGGCGAACCCGGUCGUCCUUCAUACUCGUUCGGCAAAGGAGUCAAGCUCCUAAUUGAAAGCGCCGGAUCUGGUUGCUGCCAUAUAUCCGCCGUAUUCUCCUUAAAUGAGCGCGCAGGAGAUGGCGACCUCGUCGCAACCCGCCCUAAAAUCGGCCGCAGUCCUUCACCGAGACUAAUCGCAGAAUCUCCGUUAUCCUCUUUCUUCGAACGUACAGUAUCAAACGUCGGCGGUCGACCCCACGGAUCCGGCGUUGGCGAUGGUAACCUCGAACCAGAAGGGCUCCCCCCGAUAGGUCGCAACCCAGGACUUCUUCCCCAUCGGGGACUGCCAUCCUUACCCGCCUCAGUCCAACCGCCCCAAGCGUCAUCUUCAUCGUUCCAUGGCGCGAGAGCAGGUGAGGCGCGCUGCGAGCUGCCCAAGUGGUCCGCAGUGAAGUGCGCAUUCGGCGGCGGCACGGGAAGGUCUAUCUUUGGUGGUGAGUCGUUGGUCCAAGGAGAACCCCAUGGAUCCUCCAUGCUGGGCGAGCGCACAUGUCGCGCUGCCAAUGACAGGAAAAGUUGUUGA